AUGGAGGACCGCUUCCCUCCUGAGCAAGCCCUGAACAGGGGGCAGAGGUCCCCUCCGGAGGAAACUAGAAGCAGGAGGUUCUGUCUGCGACGGACCAGCAUGAGGUCUGAAGAGAAGCGUCUCGAGACAUUCCUGCGCUGGCGGGACACCGCUCCGGUUUCUUCGGCCGCUCUUGCUGCAGCUGGUUUCUUCUUCGUUGGCCCCGAGGACCGAGUGAAGUGUUUCUGCUGUGGUGGGGAGUUGUAUGGCUGGUUUGCCGGGGACGACCCCACGGUGGAGCAUCUGAAAUUCUUCCCAUCGUGUCCUUUCAUCCAGGGCAAGGAGGUAGGAAACCAACCGAUGCCUCGUGCUGAGGACAUCCAGGACUGCGUGGAUGGACAGUUCCUUGGCAUGUUGCAAACUUUAAGUGUGGAAGAGGCCACUGUAGACAGCCAACCGGAAUGCCCAGAUAUGGAGACGGAAGGUGACCGACUGACGACGUUCGAGGACUGGCCGAACUUUGCUCGGGUGUCUCCGGGGCCAUUGGCCAGAGCAGGGUUCUUCUACACAGGCGAGGGAGAUUAUGUGCGGUGUUUCUACUGUGAUGGCGCUCUGAGGAACUGGGAACGUGGUGAUGAUCCGUGGGUGGAGCAUGCCAAGUGGUUUCCAAGGUGUAAAUUCCUGCUGCAGUCCAGAGGGAGAGACUUCAUAAACACUAUUCAGGAAUCGUACUUCAGUUCUCCUGCAUCUCCGGAAGCCAGCUUGUAUCGCUCAGAACAACAUCCUACGAGCCCUCGAGAACCUGCUCAAAGAGAACAGGAUCCCUGGAGUAUAAGAAGAGAAACAGAAACAGAACGUCCAAAUGAGCCAGAAUCUUCCUUGAGCAUGGAGGCGAAGUUGCGCCGGCUUCAGGAGGAGCGCAUGUGCAAAGUGUGUAUGGACAAAGACGUAUCUAUUGUGCUGGUCCCUUGUGGCCACUUAGUGGUGUGUGCCGAAUGCGCCCCGAAUCUAAGGCGCUGCCCUAUCUGCAGAGGGGUCAUUCGGGACACUAUGAAGGCGUUCCUAUCCUGA